CUUUGUUUGUGUGUGCGUGUGUGUGUUUGUGUCCAGUAUUCGCGCGAGUCGUGUCAAUGGACGCUGCAGCACUCGUGGCACAGGCACACGAGCUGCUCGCCAGCAGCGGGACCAACCCCAGCCCAAAUCCCAGCAGCAGUGCCAAGAGCAUGCCAGUGAGUGCAGCAGUGGCUGUGCUGAGCUGCAUUGACACUGCCGUCGAUGCGUGGACGACCAGCGCGUCUGCCGCUCCACUCGAGUCGAACGCAGUCACCACGCUGCUUGAUCUCGUUGCGCAAUGCACGAGCGCAGUCGUCCUCGAGGGCAACAAUGCAUCCACAACCCAAGCCACCACCACCACCACUGCGACUACCGCUGGACAAGGCUUGGCUGUGUCAACGGCAUUGCGAUGCUGCAAUCGCACUCUUGUGAAUCUGUGCGGGCGAUUGCAAGUCAUUGUGCGCUCACCAACUGCAGCGAUCGCGUUCGUGCGCAUCCUGACGCGAUUCAUCGUGGCUCCGCGGUUCAGUGCCAUGUCCACGUCCCCCUCCGUGGAAAGCGCUCGCGAGCUCGUGGACGGGUUGCGCGCCUUGGCUGCUGUGGUGUACGAGAAUGGCCCAACCCUGCUUGCGGCACCUUUGAGCGCCGAGAUGCUCGCGCUAGUCGGUCCGUCCGAUGCGUCAUCAAGCGCCCCGGCACUCUCACAAAGGAUUCUGUUUGAGCUUGCCAAGGUCCGGGAUGCGAGCCAGCCGUCAUCGGGCCCACCAGAGCAGGCUUUCGAGCUCCAAUCCAUCACUACCGAAGCACGCCGCAUUGCAAUUUCGUGCCUCGGCAAUCUUACCAUCAAGUGCUCGCUUGCAACACAGCCCGUAUUUCAGCAGCUUCAAUCCGAGAUACUGACUGUCGUGUUUGCCAACCUCGCACACGAGACACACUCCUUGCUUGUUGUUGGUUUUCCGAGCAGCAGCAGCAGCAGCAGCAGCAGCAGCAGCAGCAGCAGCAGCAGCAGCAGCACGACGCCAUGCCCACCGGCGCCGGCGCCACUCAUGUCACGAGCAUCCACAAAGUUGCUUGUCACAAUCCUCAAAGCGCUCACGCGGCUGGUGACUUUCUCAAAAACCGUGGAGCCGCUGCUCUCGGACGUUCUUGCGCGCCUCAAGCUGUGUCUGUUCCACGGCUUGUCUUUGUCGGUCAUCAACGCUGCUGCUGUGGAUUCGGCUACUGGCACUGGUUCCGUGCCAUCCCUGUCUGCCAUGCUCGGUGUGCCGCUGCAGCCCGCUGGUGCCUUUGCGGAUCCACUCUCCUCCUCGCUGCCGAGUCGUGCAGGCUCUACCACCGCCACCGCCACCACCACCACCACCAACGACGCUACAAACUCCAAUCCCGCUAAUACUGAUGGCAGUCGCACAUGCCGAAGACCUGCCCGUCAUUCCACAGAGGCGAAUCACGGAUCUCCUGCAAGCUCCGAUUUCGUGAGUUCGGAAUCUGACUUUUCCGAUCUUGACAGUGCUGGUGGGCGAUCCAACUCUAAGAGCGCUCUUGCAAUCCGGCAAGCAGCGUUUGCAGCACUAGGAUCGAUCAUUAAGGUGGUUCGCAAGCGCGACUUUCAGGCUUUUUGGCCUGGUUUCCUGCCAGACUCGGCCUCGAUGGCCACCCCAACACUGCUCACCAGUAUUCUGCAUGAUCCAAACCCAAAGGUUCGGUCUCUGGCAUUGACUGCGCUUGCAGCCAUGCUUGAAGGCAGCAAGCCGUUUCUUGCAGCCGCGGACGAUCUGGCCCCGACCACGCCCUCGUUCACGCCUUUCUCGCGGACGCUGGCUGCUCGUCUCGUGCAAGUACACGAGGCGCUAUUACGCGCCGCACAUACGGAACAGGCUGCGCAACCCCUCCUUCAAGUAGUGCGGUGUUUGACGCUGCUCGUGGAGAACACUUGUUAUUCCAAGCUGCGGCGCGCCAAACAACAUUUGCAGAGCUGCAUUGCCCUGUGCUUUGCGCACAUCGGGCAUCGUGAUAUCGAUGUGCGAAUUGCAGCCUGGGCUUGCUUGACGGCCGUUGCUGCCAACGAUAGUCGUCCUGCAUUGGCUCAACUUGCCGAAUCUCCGGCCAGUAUCACCAUUCCCGACCUGCUUGCACGAGCCAUUGACACCAUGUCGGCCAAAGACCCAAUACCGGUUCGUGUUCAUGCCGCGUACUUUUUGUGUGCCAGCGUCGGCAAAUUGGAUGACGUGCUGCCAUCCCUCUGGCCUGGCGGUGCCGCUUCCGAUGGCCUUGGCGCUUCCACGGCAGACUCGUUGCUUUUGCGACUGCUUCAUGCAGCCAGCAAUAACGUGUCUGAGGCUGAUGCAAGUGUCAGGCUGUCGGCUGCUCGGUUGUUCGAGUCGCUGGCAGGGUCCAUUCUUGCGCGCACAACCGCUCUUGUUCGUCCGGCCAUGUUCGCCAGCGGCUCGGAUGCAUUGGAUGGAGAUGGCGAUGCCGACUUGGUCGACGGCGCCGCAGCAGCAGCAGCAUCAACAACCGCAACAAGCGCGACUGCCGUCAACAACGACGCGCUCCUGGCCAUGCUGGGCAAUGUAUCCGAUCAACUCUGGAAUGUCGUCAUCGAGAAGCGUCACUUGUUUCGGCUUUUGCAAGAUUCUUCACUGGCUGUGUGUGCUGCGGCCUGCGAUUUGCUUUCGCGUUUGAGCGAGCCGCGCUUCUGCGCUCUGCCCCGUGACCAGUCUGCUCGCCUUCUUUCGCAGCUCGUGAGCUUGAAUCCGGUGGAUGACGCCAGCGAUUUAGACACAACCAUUCACGAGCGGACGGACGACGUGCGAGAGACGCCGGCGGACUCGGCUGCAGCCUCAGCCCAGGCGGCAGCCUGUCGCACCAUAGGCAUGUUUGUCCUAUUUCCGUCAUUGUUUGAUGAUCUCGUCUUUAUGUCUGACGCAACCACGGCCCUGCUUUCUGGAAUGGAGAGCCCGCAUCUCGUGAUUCGUGUUCGUGCCAGUUGGGCACUCGGAAACUUGUGUGAUGCGUUGAUUUCAUCACAAGCAUCGAGCAACAACGCCGAGUUCCCCACGAUUGCGACAGACUUUCCCAUCAACCUGUUGUGGAACAUUACGAGCAUCUGCAUUGGUGCUGCGAAAGACCAUGACAAGGUUCGCUCGAAUAUUGUUCGUGCUUUGGGGAAUGUCGCACGGUUUGCCACAACAGAGAUGCUCCAACAUAGCCGCGUUGGCAGCGGCGCCAAGUUUGAAGGACUGAUCGGUGAAGGAAUUGAGCUGCUCUGCAAGGCCUCUCUCACUGGCAGCGCCAAGGUCCGCUGGAAUGCGUGCCGCGCGCUCGGUAAUGCGCUCAAAAACCCCUGCAUCCUGUCACCACGACCAGCAUGGGCGGUGCGCGUGGUAACGACCCUGUGCCAGUGCAUCGGCACCUGCAAAAACAGCAAAGUGCGCAUCAACGCGAGCGCUGCGCUCGGGACACCGCAGAGUUUGGCCUUUUACGGGACAGCCACCGAGCUUGCCAAUGUCGCGCGUGUCGUGCAUGAAGCAAUUGCAGCCUGCGAUGCGACAACAACGGAUCCGGUCGAGUUGAGAUACCGCGAUGCUCUUCGAGCCCAACUUUUGAACACUGCAGAGCGCAUUUCGCGAUCGUCGAUGUAAAGCAAAACCGUCUUGUCCUCAACCCGAUCUCUCCAUUUGGUUUUGUAGUGAUUGAUGUGUAAUAUACAAAAAUACAAAGUGUACGACUACGAG